GCUUCAUACUGCGAGCAGAGGCUGCUGCGCGUGAGCGAGCGGCGGCACAGUCGACUUACAGCGGGCUGUGAGGAGAACUGGCGCGACCCUUCUGUCCCAAAUUCGACCCCUUUCAGCGCUAAAACGCAUUUUUACUUCACUCGACACCUUUCGAGAGUCCUGCCUAAAGUCUUCGACCCUCGACGGGUUGAUAUUUUUACUUUUCUCCCCUUCCGAACCGAACCGAGAGAAGUUUUAAGUUAAAGGCUGGGCCUAAGGAUCGAGGAGAACGACUUUGGCUGAAAAACAAAACUAUCCCUCUUCACUGCUUCUGUAGAGAGCGAAAAAGCUGGUCUUUUUGCUGUGAUAAAUGCUUCUUACGAAGAUGGACCUGUUGAACUACCAGUACUUGGACAAAAUGAACAACAACAUUGGCAUUUUGUGCUACGACGGUGAGGCUGCUCUGAGAGGUGAACCCAGAAUGCAGCCCAUGUCCAUGCCGUCUGCAGUCAGCAACCACAGGACGGGUCCUCCUCCCAUCAGCCCCAGCAAGAGGAAACACAGCGGGGACCAAGCCGACGACGACCUCGACUGUAGCAACGAGCAUGUGGCCAAGAUGAGCCGGCUGUUUGCUGCACAGUUAGGCAAGCCUGCCAACGGGGACUACCGCAAGGACCCUCGGGAUCGCAGCCGUAGCCCCAUCGAGCGCGCUGUGGCCCCCACCAUGAGCCUCCACGGCGGCCACCUCUACGCCCACAUGCCCAGCCUGGCCAUGGACCAGCCCCUCGCACUGACCAAAAACAGCAUGGAUGCUGCUCGUACUGUCACCAUCUCGCCUACUGUCAGUCCUGUCGAGCGCCAGCAGAAUCGGCCUUCUGUGAUCACCUGUGCACCGGCCAACAACCGCAACUGUAACCUCUCGCACUGCACUGUGUCUCACAACGGCUGCUCGCCCAACUUACCUUCGAACUACAGGAGACCCUCCAACACUAACACAGCCUGCGACCCUGUGAUCGAGGAGCACUUCCGCCGCAGCUUGGGGAAGAACUACAAGGAGCCAGAGCCGGUUACAAACUCCGUGUCCAUCACAGGCUCGGUGGACGACCACUUCGCCAAGGCGCUAGGAGAGACCUGGCUGCAGAUCAAGGCCAAGGGCAGCUCCUCUGGAAGCCCCGAUUCGUCCCCCAACAGCCACAUGGUCAACCACAAUCACUCCCCCUCCCUCGUUUCUUGAAACAAAUAAAAGGACCAGCUUACUUCUCCCCUCCUUCCAAAAACCCCUUUCACUCUCAGAACAACCAUGCAUGUUUAAGCUCUGCUUCUAGUGUAUAGCCAUGUACAUAAGAUGGAGACGAGGAAGGCUUUUGUUUUUCUUUUGUUUGUGUACUUUUAGCUUGGCAUUUGACUUAGAUGCCCAAACAAAAAAAAAAAGAGGAAAAAAAGCAGGACACGUUUUGUUUCUAUUAGGCGAUGAGUCAGCUAGCAUCCUAACAACCUGCCUCAGAUACCAAAGAAACCUCUGAUGCAAACUUUUUUUAUUUGCCCGUUUUAAGAGAAAGCCAUUCUUUUUUGCAUCCAGCUUCUUUCUCCUCUGGUUGUCUUGCACCACAUCUUCUUUAACUUUUCACUCUCCCCCCCCCCGUUCCUCUGUUUUCGUAUGUGUAUACUUGAAACGGAAGGCCUUGUUUGAUUUUGCACUAUAGGAAGGUUGAGGUCAUAAAUUAGGUGUUGGACUUGUUUUGAUGGUUUUUUUGGGUUAAAAUGUUAAAGGGCAAACUGCUGACAACAAAGGUUGGGUGAUGUUAAAUAUUACAUCACAAGAAAUGUUUUGGGGGAGACCCUUUGUCUUUCUUUUUUUUCUUCCCCAAUCUGUCCCUCUUGCUUUUAUGACUGGUGCUGACAACUGGACUGCAUCAUGUUUUCCCCUAAAUAUGGGCAUUUUUGUCUUUCCCCAAGCACUGUGGUUGUGGUAGAGUAGAUAAGGUUUUAUGGGUAAACUAUUGCUUACCGGUGCAUGUUUUUAAAAAAAUAGCUGGUAUCUAUUAUUGUGUAGACAUUUCAUUCUUAAUACUAUUAGUCUUUUUUCCUCAGAUUUUAGUUUAUUUUUGUCAGUAACAAUCCUAGAUAAACUUACUGCUGGUACAGUUGUACUCAAUAUUAUUUUUUAUUCAAUAUUCAUUGUGAUAGCAGCCAGAUAAAGAGGACAGCCUCCGGACAGGCCAUCUUAUAUAUUAACAGUUGGAUUUAUAUGAUAUUAAUCCAUGGUACAGGAUGCUAUUCGCAGUUUUUUGCAUGACUGAAAAACAGCAGCAGCUAUAUGGACAGGUCAGCGCUGAAAGUUGACAAUCUAAAAAUGUCGAGAGCUAAGUUCUUUUUCUAGAUUUACAUCGUUACUGUUUGGCUGCGGCUUUUAAAAUCUGUUUUUCUUCCUUUCUGUUUUUAUAACAACCAACCUGUACCAAGGUGAAAUACAUUCCUCCGAUAGGGAACUUAGUACAGGUCUCGCUUUUAGCUCUCGUUUUCAGCAUAACGACUAACUAGAAACUUUGUUGUGACAAGAGGUUGCGUAUAGAGAUGAUGCUUAGGCCAAGGCAUUGCUCAUCUUAAGCUUGUCCUUACAUUCCGUCAGCAUAAAAUCAUUGGACGUGCCCAAAUUUUGAAGUCUGAAAAGAGCUCGCUGCCAGGCCGCCCUCAUUAGCAACGAUUAUAUGAAAUCUGAAAAUAUCCUUUACAAAAGUACCGCGCAAUGAUUUUUCUGUUUUUCACUUUGUACUUUUCUUGUAUGUAUCUGAUAUGGGGAAAAAAACUAUCGAAAAUUUUUUAUACUGCAUUAGGCCAUGAUUGUCCUCUUUUGUGCAUGAAUGCAGAAGGGGAGAAAGGACGCAAGUCCUGAGGUCAAUGUAAACACAUUUCACUACCAGUUUACGAGGUAGGAUACUCACUUUCUGUUUUUGACACACAUUUACCCUACACACUGUAGGUAAAUCACUUAAUGAGAACUUUUUAUAUAGGUAACUAUAAGACCAUCAUUACGCUGUGCGUAACGAAUGUACAGAGAAAACAAAUCGUAGGUAUUUUUUGAGGAACAAUUAAUUGUUAAUGAUAUGUAGCUAUUUAAUUUUUUCCCUGUCCUUUAUUGUAAUCAUGCUUUUUUUUUUUGAGAAAAAAGUUGAUCUUUUUCUUUUGUAGAUUUGUCUGUUUAAAGUGCAGGAACACAGUUAUUCUAUGAAAACACUGCGUUAUAGCCACUUGUGUAUUAUUUCUGAAGGCUACUGAGAAGUCUAGAUACAGCUUUGAACGCAGAGGCUUUUCAACUGUCUCUGGAGACAAUUGAACAAAAAAAAAAAAAGUGCUCAUCUUUUUAUGGCUACUCGUCUGGGAUGAGUAACUCCACUCCAACCUGACCAGUUAACAUUUAACUGCCAGUGCUCACUUUUGAAAUGGUAACAUCAAAGGAAGAUGCUUCCAAAUGUAUUAACACUAGAAUCAAGUCACUACAGCUCUAGUGAACCCCAAACAGUUUGUAAAUGUGUAUUAUACCCUUGUUUUGUGGCCUUAAAAACAAAAAACUAUGAAAGAAAAUUGGCAGGCCAUUGUUUUGUACUUAAAGUAGCCUCGAUGAACAAUAAAGUGCUCUUAAACCACA